ACCUCCACCCUUAUUAAAUUUCAUCACUUCCCGCCUCGUUCGCCCCGCUGUCGUUUCAUUCCCCCUUCCCUCAAUGCUCCCAUUCCUCUUCCUGCUCUUCCUUUUCUUUUUCUUCUGCUCCGUCGACGUUACGACGUCAUUCCCCGCCGAUGCCGACCUCUCCAACUGCACCCAAACCUUCGACUGCGGGCCCUUCCGGAACCUCACCUACCCCUUCACCGGCGGGAGCCGCCCCUCCUACUGCGGCCCGCCGGAGUUCCACCUCAGCUGCGUCGAUGACUCGCCCGAGUUGAUCAUCUCGUCGCUGAGCUACCGGGUUCUCAAACUCGACCAGGUUCACCAGAACCUCACCCUCGCCCGCUCCGACCUCUGGAACUCGACCUGCACCGACAAACUCGCUAACUCAACUCUCGAGUCCGAGUUCUUCACCUACGACGAGGACGACGACAUGGAUGUCACCAUUUUCUACGGCUGUAAUUCCACCUUAAUCCCUCCUAAACCUAAGAACUGGUUUUUCUGCGACCUUAACUUGACUUUCGACGACGCUUAUUACGUGAUCGGGCCGGUACCGAGCGAUCCUAUCGUGAGCAGGUUCAAGUGCUCCGUCGGGAUUACGGUGCCGAUUCUCAAAACCACGGCGGCGGUGCUGGUCGCCAACGGGUCUCUGUUUGGAGAGGCGAUCAUGACCGGCUUCAAUGUCAAUUAUACCAACCCGUACGAGAAGCAGUGCGCUAAGUGUCUCAAUGUCUAUGGGCUUUGCGGGUUUGACUCGGAUAAGAACCGACCCGUUUGCAUUUGCGGCAAUCGAGUCUGUAACCCAGCAGGUAAAGGAAAGCCAAUAAAGUUAAUUGUGAGCCUUACGGUUGUUUGUUUUAUCGGUGUAUUGCGUGCCAUAGUGUUCGGUUUGUGCAGGAUGAGAGCUAAGCAAAAAGGACACAUCAAAUUAACAAUGACGCACAUCAAAAUAACAAGGGACACCCUUCAAGAAUAUAUAGGUGGAAAACAUGAUGAGCUACUGAUCUAUGAUUUUGAAAGCAUAUUUGUUGCCAUGGACAAUUUCAGCACCGAAAACAAACUCGGGCAAGGAGGAUUUGGUCCAGUUUAUAAGGGUAAGCUAGCAGAAGGGAAGGAAAUAGCAGUAAAAAGACUAUCCAGUACCUCAGGACAAGGUGCAGUAGAGUUCAAGAAUGAAAUGAUGUUGAUCUCCAAUCUCCAACACAAAAAUCUCCAAUCCCCCGCUUGACAUUCCUCUUCCAAUUCAGCCCACAAGUCAAUUCAGUUGCAGCAUAAACAGUACUGCCACUUCCAAUAAUUACUACGUCACAAAUUUUGGGUUGCCGAAUAUUAGUGGUAACUGCAAAACGACUGUCACGGCCAGCAUUUCUCAAUCCGCAGCUGCAAAUCUGGUGUUGAAUUCGUCCAAGGAUAAUCUGGUUGCUGCACUUGACUCCGGGAUUGGGUUGAAGUGGGAUGCAAGCAAUACCUUGUGUGACCAAUGUCGAGGGUCAGGGGGUCAGUGCGGGUACAAUAUAUCUUCAGCUGAAUUCACCUGCUUCUGUAAGGAUGGACAUACUCCCUCAAACUGUGAAGG